UUGUAGGAACAUGGCGCUUUGGAGGAGAGGUGUUUUCAUGAUAGCGAGGACUAUUGAUUAAAAUAUUCAUAGCUGUGUUCACUUCAGUGACAUCUGGAUGCGUUCACCUAAAAUGACAGGCCGUGAAAGGUGAUGGCUGUUUUUUCUCCAUGGACAACGGGACGAUACAUGUCGCGGCUGUGUUUGCUGUCGUCAGCUGAAACUGUUAGCCCUCCAUGCUAACUGGAGCCAGUUAGCUGGCGAGUAGCAAGCGGCUAAGCCAGCCGAAAGUAUGCGUGUCUAUGUAGCCUACGCUGAUGUUAAACUCAGUAUCAAUGGUUAAAACACUUUAUUCGGUGUCAUAUCUGCCAGUUAUUUGGACGAAGAUUUUAUUUGGCUAACAUUUUGAGUCAGCCAGGAGUAUGGAGAGACACCGUGGGUCUGUGUUGUUGCUGGUCAGUGGGAUUUUUCUGUCGGCAUUUUGGGUCUCUGAAGCUGCUCCUCUUCAGUAUAUUUACAGAUCAGGCGGAAGCGCAGGGGACACUUGGUCUGUGUCUCUCUACCUGUCCUUGGUGGUGUCAUUGAUGGUGCUGGUGGCUUUGGUUGUGCUGGUAUUGAACUGUGUGACCUGCUGCAAAGAAAGGGAGAUCAACUUUAAGGAGUUUGAAGACCACUUUGAAGAUGAGGUCGACUUCACUCCGCCAGCAGAGGACACGCCCUCUAUGCAUCCUCCAGCCGAGGUCUACACUCUCGAUGUGUCCCCCGUGCUGCUGCCUGGACCCCCACAUCUCCAACCUCUUGCCAGCAUUACAGAGGCAUCCGCUGGCUUUAAAGUAGGACGUCACAGUUUGAGUUACAUCCAAGAGAUUGGUCAUGGAUGGUUUGGUCAGGUUAUUCUGAGUGAAAUCUACACAGACCCGGGAGGAAGCAGAGUGGUGGUGAAGGAGUUGAAAGCUAAUGCAAGCGCCAAGGAAGGAAAUGACUUUCUGCAGCAGCAAGGGGAUCCAUACAGGGUGCUGCAGCAUCCAAACCUCCUCCAGUGCCUCGGUCAGUGCGUCGAGGCUGUUCCCUUCCUGCUUGUUUUUGAGUACUGUGAAAUGGGGGAUUUGCGGAUCUUUCUGUCUCAGCAGGACUGGACGUUCAGAAACGCUGACUUGCUGCAGCUGCAGAGGAUGGCCUGUGAAAUUGCUGCUGGCAUCACGCACCUUCACAAACACAACUUCCUGCACAGUGAUCUGGCCCUGAGGAACUGCUACCUGACUGCAGAUCUCACAGUCAAAGUGGGUGAUUAUGGGAUCGGACCCUACAGAUACAAAGAGGAUUACAUCAUCACAGAGGACGAUGUGUUUGCACCUCUUCGGUGGUUGGCUCCUGAGCUGGUUGGGGAGCGUCAUGGGGGUGUCGUCACUUUGGAGCAGACCAAGCCUGGCAAUGUGUGGGCCUUAGGGGUCACGUUAUGGGAGCUGUUUGAGAAUGCAGCUCAGCCGUACCCACACCUGUCUGACCGGGAGGUCCUGAACCAUGUCAUCAARGAGCAACAAGUCAAACUGUUUAAGCCACAACUAGAGCUUCCUUAUUCUGAUAGAUGGUAUGAGGUCUUGCAGUUUUGUUGGCUAUCUCCAGAAAGGCGAGCCACCGCAGAGGAAGUACAUCGUUUGCUCAUCUAUCUCCGCAUGCAAGGCCAAAAGGACAUAGAGGAAGACUUUGAGCAACGCUGGGAUGCACUCAAGCCUAACACAUCCACACGACAGACUGUUAGCCAUUCCUCUUUYCCAAUCUUGGAACAGUUUGCUGAUGACGCCCUGCGACAAGAGCUAGACGAAGUUCUAACUGUCACCGAAACAAGCAAAGGUCUUAGCUUUGAGUAUGUUUGGGAGGCCGCCAAGCAUGACCACUACGAUGGCAAUCACGGCAGUUCAGGCAUGGACACAACCCUGAACUACCACAGCAUGUUCUUUCCUGCUUCCAGGGAAGACAUCCAGGCUCAUUUCCCAGAUCCUUCAACCAGAGCAGGAGGAGCAGAAAAUGGGAACACUCCGUCUGGAAUUCCUGGCAUUGUUCCUGUGUUUGAUCCACAAAAGUCCUCCAAUGGGAAUGAGUAUUACAUACAGCUAGAGGAACAAGGGGAGAGUGCUGUUGGGGAAGAUGGAAACGAAGGACAAGACAUGGACUUUUCUACAAAUCAUAAAGAUUUUGUUGUUCUUCAGGAUGCCCGCCUGGAUGAGUCUAGCACGGAUGCAGACUUUUUCCACCAAAGCAUUGACUCAAAGGACUCAUAUUUACCUGACAGCCACAUCUGGUCAUCUCUUGAAAAUGACAGUCCUUACCACACCAACAUUUUCACUGAAGAUGGGUCGAAACACGAGGACUCUCCGUCGUGGAGACAAAAUUUUCUGGAGCUUCCAGAGCGCAGUGGGAACCCUUUCCACGAAGGCGCCUCAGAGGUUCAAAACGUGGAUCCAAGUCAUAGCUUUGGAGGUUCUUUUUUAGAGGUUCCCCCUCACCUGUUGGUUUCAUUGAAACGGGAUGGGGGGGACACAGAUGCAAAGAGGCUUUUCAAUAGUGAGAAGCUAGCUGAUAACUUUGAGUUUCUCCGAGACCAGAACCUGAUGAAAGACAGCUCCAGCUUCCCAAGCUCCCAGCAGAAUUUCCUUUUACCUGGCACAGUCCAUGAGCCAGAGGAAGCAUUCAGAAUGAAUUCUUGGGACAACCUUGAGUCUUCAGGCAGCUUAAACACAGCAGAUGCAUACUUUAAACCUGCAGCAAGUAGCACAUUCUCAACACACGAACUUUUAGACUCUCAGAGUACCAACUUGGAGCAGAUACACCAGUCUCUGGUAGGAAACGAAACUCUGGUGCCUUCCAUUACGGUGGUCACAGCUGAUACCACGAAUGACCAGCAGCCAGUUAGAAAUGGUUCUACUGAAAGCCUCAAUCUGCUGCCGUCUUCAGACAGAUGUAUAGACUCUGGUUUUGAUUCUACCUCUGAGAGGUUUGAGCCCAUUGUUACAUUUUCUGACAGUGCCAUUACAGACUCAUUGUGCACAGAUGCCAAAAUUUCCAGCCUUGAAGAUGACCUUGAAGCCUCAAAAGCUACAGGAACUAAAAUAUCUGAAAACAUGUUUCACGCGUCAUCCUCAGAAAAUGGACAGAAUGAAGACCUAACAAGUAAUGAUCUGUUGAGCGAGCUGAUUGAAGACGCAGAUUUAGAUAUGGAAACAAAUCUCUCUGAUCAUGACGAAUCCUUCAUAGGAAGUAAUGGACAUGCUCCUGGAAGAUCUUCUCUUCUGGUAUCUGGUCCAUCUUUAGAUCAGAUCAGCCAGGACAGUCUACUGGAGGACAGUAUGUCUACCACUGUUCCAACUAUAGACAAUGCAGCCGAGACGCCAGACUCUUUGGACUCUCUCGACAUCCAUAGGUUGGGGGAACAAGGAGAGGAGCUGACUGCUCGGAUACCUCAAGACAAACUUCAGCCUCCUUAUAAAAUAUCAGACAGCGGGUAUGAGACCGAGAACCUGGAGUCUCCUGAGUGGAACUCUCAGCCAAAUGUUGAGAACAGCUCUCCUGUGAAAAAUGGCAUCAGCACUACCAAAGAAGAAGAGUCAGAAGAGCUCACCGCUUCUGCAAAUUUGGUUCCACCGAGAAUAAUYAUCUCUGAAGUAGAGGGUGUAUUGAUUACUCCCGGUGAGGAUCUCGAUGGGGAUCAGCAGCCAGAUCAUGUAGCUCCUGCAGAGGAACCACCUAUAGGUAGCAAUUAUCGGGACUCUGCUUACUUCUCUGACAAUGAAUCAGAAACUGAGAAGAAGUCUGAAGAAACGACGGCAGGAAACGUCGUUGAAGUCACWUGGCUGAGGAACUCAGAAGGUGCAGCUCUGGAACACAACAAGGAAAGAGAUAUAGACACUUUAUUUUCUCAGCAAGAACCGUCUGUAGCUGCUAAGGUACAUUCUGAGCUCGGGGGAACAACUGAUGUCAACGUUGAGGACACAGAUCCAGAAAUGGUUUUAGAUAUUCCAGAGAAACACCAGAGCGAGGUGGAGGAAUCUAUCAACAACCAGAGCAAAGAUGAAAAUGAACCAAAGCUCUUCAACACAAAYCCAGAUCAUCUGAGUCCAUCAGAAGAUCCAGAAACCUCGACUCUGCCUUCUGCAACCAUAUCAGUUCCAGCCCCGGAGGGCCCAGUUCACGCUAAGCUGACCAGGACGUACGCCACAGAUGGCCAUAAAAUCAAAGAGCCAGACAUGGAGGGCCGAUACCUGGGGAGGCGGGAUGGUUCGGGUUUAGAUGGACUGGAAGAUGGCAUGGAUGCCGACGAGGAGGACGAGAACAGCGACGACUCUGAUGACGACAUGCGGGCGUACCAGCUGAACAGCUCCAGCUCAGACAGCGAGGAUGAAACCGUGCACCCGGUGCCUGUUGUGAUAUCAGACGACAGCAGUGCAAAAAACCUGAAGAGCUUGCUGAAACCCACAACCCUGAACAUCGAAGCAUCGACUCCUCCGUUCUCUGAGAGGAGAAAUGCAGAGAACUCCAGAAGAUCUGUGUCUUUCUUUGACGAUGUCACAGUCUACCUAUUCGACCAGGAGACCCCCACUAAGGAACUGAGCGACCACUCGUCCGGCUCAAGCAGCCAGGUGCCAGAGAUCAGCAGCCCCGUGUCCACGUCCAGCUACCUGAACCGCUUUGCCAACUCUGAAAGUUCCACAGAUGAAGAAGGUGGUGGUUUCGAAUGGGACGAUGACUUCACCUCCCACGCCCCAGCCUUCCUGCCCAAGACGGAUAAAGAACCCCUCUCCAAGGUGAUCUCCUCUACGGCCCCUGCAGUCGGGCGGGUGCUGGAGCCCAGCUGGAGCAGUUCCUCAGCCUACUCCCGGUUCUCCAUCUCGCCGGCGAGCAUCGCCAGCUUCUCUCUCACACACCUCACCGACUCGGACAUCGAACAAGGAGGAAAAAAAAAAAAAAAGAACACUUUAUGUUCUGGAUGAAUAAAUCCUUCCCACUCGGCUGGUAAUCACUACAACCAAACAGGAAUAAGCUCUUUGAUCUCAGCAGACCUAUAGUCAAAGCUUAAUUUAACACUAAUUAUUUUUGCUCCUAUUGUUGUACRUUUAUUUCUGUCAUUGCCUUUUUUUUUCUUUUUAAGAGGAUUUAUUUGUUUGUAACUUCAUGGUAAGUUUAAUCAAUCUCCUUUUUGGAGAGCAACUACACAUGAAAACCUUCUGUAGCAGUAUUUGAAUAAAAAUGGUAAAUGUGGAUCCAAGUAUAGGACGACUACAGAAGGUGACGCACUGCAUUUUUCCUUCAUGUUUGAAAGGAACAUUUACACUUUAGCCGAGUCGUAGUUUUAAGACCGCGAGAACAAAUGACGUGUUAUCAGUUCAGGAAUGUUAAACCGGUCCUGAUGAGAAUGGUUCGACUGUAAAAAAAGAAAAAAAAACUUUGUAAAGCUUUAUUUUGAGACGCGCAGGAGGGUGUUUUUGUCUCGACGACUCGCCACUGGCUCCGAUUGUGGUGCCUGCUGAUGACAGCUCCGUUUUAUUAUCGCUACACAUAAUUCAAAUCACACGUUUAUUGAGUGAGAGUGUGUUUUGAGGGAAAAAAAGGAAAAGAAAAGAAAGCGGAGAGCUCUAUUUUUAAAAACGUCACGGUGGAGAAAACGACGCGAGCUGUUUGUAAACAAAUGUGCAAUGAAUUCUGUUGAGUUUAAAGUAUCGGUUCGUGGGACGACCUGGAGUUUCUUCCGUCAGUGCAGGGACUUAAAGAGCAAACAAGAAAAAAUAAAACAGCUGCGUUUAUCGUGUGAUCGUUAUGAGGGCAGUUCUGUUUUUGCCUUUUUAGUUUUUUUCCUUGUUUUUCUACUCUGGCUCACACAAAAACAAAAAAACAUCAGUCCAGCUUCAAUUAAUUCACUGCAUCAAAUCAUUUGCAGAUUAUUGUGUGAGCUGGAGAUCCAGUUUCCUCGAUUGUGGUUCGAUACAAAAGGUUGUAGAUGAAUCCCGAUGUCUUUUUAUUUGCAAUCAUAAAGUAUAAAACUGUAGGUUUUACAGUUACUGUAAGGAAAUUUUCCUUCAAUAUGUGUCGGUCAUCUGCACUUCGCCUGUCGUAGACACCCACUCUCACCUGCCCCCUAAAAGGAUCAGUUUAGUUUGUUUUAAAGUGAGGUUCUGUGAAAAGAUGAAGCAUUAAUAUCUUACCUGUUGUGGGUAGCUCUUUGAGCGGCCCAAGCUCAGACUAGCAGCUAGCGCUUCAGUCCGGUUAGCUCAACUCUGAAGCUACAGCAGGUGUUAAGAUUCACUCKACAGAAGCCCACUUUGAAAGAGCUGAACUGUCCCUUUAACUCGACCACGCUGUAUCGUAGAUAUCAGCCUCCAUUGAAACCAGCAGCCUGUGCUUUCAGUUAAACUUGAACAUCUAUUUAAGGAAACCUUUUUAUUUGACUACAGUAUACAUUUUGCUUAAUCUUGCACAUUUUGAGAAAUGUAAUUUAAUGUUGAAAAUGUUCCAAUGUACAUAAAUGUUUGUUUUGUUUCUCAAUGGGGAGCUGAUGUAACUGACGUAUAGGUAUGAGGUUUCAUUUUGUAACUUAACGGUGAACUUUAAAUCAAAGGAACAUAUCAGUCACCUCCUACUUAACCUGCAGUUAAAUUAAGACACUGAAGCAGAUGUGAACUCAUUCUGUCCUUUUGAAUCGAUAGAUUUUAAAUAUUUUUACUUCAUGAUGAUCAUGCUGGGUGUAAUUGAAUAAAAUGUUUCUAAUUACACUGUUUAAUAUGAAAAUAAAUGCAAAUGAACUUGUAA